AGAACAGAAAGGCAAAUUUCUCAAAGGAAGCGAAGCCCUAGCGUCCUCUCUCUGUCUUCUCGUUUCUGCGCCGAUUCGUAGUCUGUUGUGCGCUUGCCUCUCCUCUUUUGGAUUAGCAUACCUCUCACUCGCAUCAGGUAAGAAGUUUGGUUCAGAUUUAGUGAAUCUCAUUGCUUUAGUUUCAAAGCUUAUUAGCUCUCUGUGUUUUUGCGUUGGUUAUUACGUUGGAAUACUUAACCCUUAUAGCAACUACUGGAAUUUUGCUGAAACAUAGUUAGUCUCUAUGCUUUGUUUGGAUUGAAUUGAUUAUGAUGGAAUGCAACAUAGUUAUCGCUGUGCCUUGUUUGGAUGGAAUGUUUUACCCUAAUAGCAACAACUGUGAUUUAGCUGAAAGUGUUUUUUUUAUUCCUUCUGUAUUAGCAUUGUGUAGUGUUCUGUAUUACCAUCAUGUAGAUACUCUCUGUGCUUUGGCUGGACUGAUUGAUGGAAGAGCUAACAUUGUUUUUUCUUCUCUUUUGUGAGAUGCACUUUUGGUUAUCCUCAUACCAAAAUGCAGAUUUUCAGUUGCUUUUUCUAUCCAAAUGGACUGCAAGAAGUUCAUCCAGAUGGUCGAGGAGAAGAAACGAAGAGUUCUUGAGAAGCAAGAAGCUCCUUUGAAAUGGGAGCAGAAGCUAGAGGCGGCUGCGAAUGCCAAAGCAGACACAGAAACUAAAGUGAAGAGAUCAAAGGGCCCUAAGAGAAAACAAAGGGCUGCGUCUGAAUCUAGCUCAGAAAGUGAUAGUAGCUCUGAGGUGAGAAGAAAGUCUAGAAGAUCUCACAAUAAGCACCGAAGACAUGCACACUCUGAUUCAGAUGACAGUGAUAGGAGGAAAGAGAAGAAAUCCAGGAGGCAGAAAAGAAGGUCCUUGAGUCCAAGCGAUGAUAGCACUGGUGAUUAUGAAAGUGGGUCAGAGGAUGAGCUGAGGAUGAAGAUAAAGCACCAUCGGAGGCACAAGUGGCAUAGCUCAAGAAAGACUUGCGAUGAUGACAGUACCGAAGAUGUGAGAAGAAAACAUUUAAAGCAUCACAGGCGCAGUGAGGUGGUCACUUCAAGUGAUAGUGAGGAAGAGAGUGGAAGAAGAAGGCGAGGCAAAUAUCACAGGCACAACAGAGGUUCAGCCUCCUCGAGUGGCUCGGAAGAAGAUAGUGGGAAAAGUAUGAAGAGAAGGCAACAUAAAAGGCAUCGUUUGGCUGAGUCUUCAAGUGAGGAAGAUGGGGCAAUGAGAAGGACUAGGCAUCAUAAACAUGGCAGAGAUUCAGCAUCUGAGUCUGAUGGAAGAAGGUAAUCAGAUGAGAAAAGAGAGCACUACUUCGACAAAUGAAAAUGGAAAAUGUCUUUGUUUAAUUCACAUCAUAAGAACUGAAUCUUGUGGUAAACCAUCAGCACAUGAUUACUACCCAGAUGUUGGGACCCAAAUACGAUGAAUAUUGUGUUGAAUUACUAUGGUGGCACUCUGUUCUUAGAUUUUCAUUUUUACAUUUGUAGCAAGAAUGGUACACAACCAAUUGAACUCU